UCAAUCCAUCAACUGUGCAGUACCGCAUCACUGCCUUAACGUUUCUAAAAAUCUGUGUGGUAGAUAGGUGACGAAAAUGAUCGUCGAAAGGUUUGCUGUACUUCUUUUCGUAACAGCAAUCUACUCACUGGAUUAUCGCGCCACCGUUGCAAACAAGAUAACAUCACCAAAAGAUUGCAUUCAGUCAAAUGGAUAUCUACUGGAACAUUUCCCGGCUGAUGAGCUCGAGGAAACACGUACGAUCAACUGGUUAAUUCUGACCGGCACGACACAGACUACCCUCCACACUGGGGUAUUGAUAUGCUUUCCAGAUUUAAAGGAACUAACUCUCACACACAGCGAACUGUCAGCUAUUGACGAAAAUGCCUUCGGAGUUGUGCCCCAGCUGUGGACACUUAAUAUGAGCUAUAAUGCGCUGAACACCCUGUUGGAUGGUGGAAAGCCCGUACUGAAAGGAUUGUCCCAAUUGCGCCGUCUCGAUUUAAGCUACAACAGAUUUCAGGUGUUACAUUCAAACCUUUUCCACGAAUUGAACAAUUUAACAGAAUUAAUUAUUUCUAACAACGGUUUGGCAACAAUCCAUGUAAAAGCAUUCGAUGGAUUGUUCAACUUGAAAACUUUAGAUCUGUCUCAGAAUAAACUGGAUUAUUUGCCCAGUGGAAUGCUACUACACUGCCAAAAUUUGAAAGUGUUAUCACUGAGAAAUAAUCGGAUUAAAUAUUUUAGCAGCAAAACAUUCAAAAGUCUGGAGGGACUGGAGGAAUUGGAUUUGAGUGAUAACAACAUCACGAGCCUACCGAAGACAACGUUCGUUUCCUUGAGGGGUCUGAAAGUACUGCUGUUAAAUGGCAAUGGAUUGCAAAAACUCACAGAACCUGUAUUCGGCCCGUUGGAGAAUUUGGAGUAUUUGAAUAUCGCAGAAAACGAACUAAUCUUUCUACCCGAAUCAGUUCUCAGUCCAUUGAAGAACUUGAAAUUCUUUAACGCGCAGGUCAAUAAACUGGAAGCGGUAUCAGUGGAUCUUUUCCAAUCAAACCUGCUUUUACAAGAAGUCAGCUUCAGUGAUAAUCAAAUUGCUACAUUUCCACAGAGAACAGUUGUUUUCCUUAUCUAUCUGAAAAAUUUGGAUUUGACCAACAACAAAUUGAAUGAGACAUUUUCCAUUCAGUUUUCUAAUGAUACCAACGUAAAUUUGUAUCUCAGUGGGAACAAAUUAAACAACGCAAAUUUCUCCGGGAAUGUCACAUAUCUAACAAUGGCCCAUAACGAGUUAACCAAUCUUCAAAACUACACAUUUGGCGCUAAUCCUGAUAUUCGCAGUAUAUUUCUGGAUUAUAACCAAAUCAACACAAUUUCACCACAUGCGUUUUACGGGCUUUCUAAACUCGAAGAGCUGAGUAUCAGUUGCAAUCCGAUUAAAACAUUUGAAUCAUAUUUCCUGCAGUCCAUUCCAAUGCUCAAGUACCUUAGUUUGAGUAACAUAGGUCUUUCAUAUCUUCCGGAUGAUUUCUUGUUUAUGCAAAAACAACUUUCCUCCCUACGAUUGGGGGACAAUCGGUUGGAAUACCUACCGGAGUACAUAUUCGAUGGACUAAGUGAGCUGCAAUAUCUAGGGCUAGAGAACAACAGAAUCGCAAACAUAUCCUCAAAACAAUUCAAAGAGUUGACAAAUCUCAAAAGUUUGUACCUCUAUGACAAUAUUAUCGGUCAUCUCGACGACGACCUGUUUGAUGAAUUGAUCAAUUUGAAACUACUUGCACUGCAUAACAAUCUACUAACGGAACUCAACGAUAGAUUAUUUAGUAAAUUAAUACAUUUGGAACGGAUCGGACUACACAAUAAUGUAAUUCAAAACAUCACCGCGGGUGUUUUCCGUGGGCUCCUUCAGCUAAAGGUCGUACAUUUGUAUGAAAAUCAAAUCAGUGAACUGCCUUCGAGUUUGUUCCAGGACAACGUAGGUCUCGAGGAAGUGGUGCUAAGGAAUAACUUGGUUGUGGAAAUUCCACGAAACACCUUCAGAUAUCUCCCCAAACUAAAAAUUUUGGAUCUGUCUGGGAACAUUAUUACUAGAAUUUAUUCGCAAUCGUUUGAAAACUGCGAACAGCUCAAAGAACUAUGGCUUGGUGGAAACGAGAUCGAAACGCUUGAUCAAUCAGCAUUUUAUGGACUACAACAACUGGAAAUGUUAGAUCUCAGUGACAACAAAAUAACAGUCAUUGAGGAAAGAACUUUCGAAAAUUUAGGACUGUUAAAACGUUUGUAUCUUGGUAAUAACCAUGUUAAUAAACUGUUUGCAACGCAUUUCGUUUCUCUCGUGAGCCUACAAGUACUAUCAGUGUUUAACAACAACGUAAGCAGGUUGAAUAACGAUGUGUUUGUCAAUAAUUGGCUUCUAGAGGAAUUAUAUUUGGACGGAAACCAAAUAUCUGUGAUAUCAACCCGCGCAUUUAUCGGACUAGACAAUUUGAAAACUUUACAUCUGUCCAAAAACAACAUAAGUUCUUUGAGUCAGGGUGUGUUAAAUCCUGUAUUCUCACUAAUCGAACUGAAAUUGGAUAGUAACUCAUUGAAUCAUCUUCCGAUCGAUUUGCUUCUCCAUCAAUCCUGGCUAGAGUUUUUGUCGCUAUCAGAAAAUAAUAUUGAAUCACUUCCCGAAGGUAUUUUUGCUGACAGUACGAAACUCAGAAUACUGGAACUAAACAACAAUAAUAUCGCAGAUAUUCCAAGCAAAUUACUGCUACCAUUACGAGAAUUGGAAGAGCUGUAUUUGGAAAAUAAUUACCUCAGCCAACUGCAAGAACACAUCUUCAUCAACAAUGAACGACUGAAAGUCCUAAACAUCGCCGGAAACUUUUUGUCCUCAUUUGACAUCUUCAAGACAUCCUUCGCAGUCAGCCUUCAAGUUUUGGACAUCCAGUCAAACCAUCUGCAGAUGAUUCAAAUUACUCGAAACUUACUCAAACUAUUCGCCCAAAAUAACGACAUCGAUACCAUUUUCGUCGAAAGUGCAUCCUUCCACCAGCUGGAAGUCCUCGACCUGGCUGACAACAAUUUGUGUCGAAUAGACAAACUUUUCAAACUGAUACGCUUGAGGUCCCUUAACCUUGCUCUGAACAAUUUUGAAAAACUGGACGUUUCACGGCUGUACAAGUUGCCAUACCUUAGCAGCUUCAACAUUUCGAAGAGUGGAAUCAGAUCCUUGACCGGAGUGCUUCACAAACGACAUGCGGCGCUGGAAUCGUUCGAUAUAGCCGGAAAUGGGAUAGACCACUUUAACAACUUUAUUCCCAUAUACUUCACGUCGCUGUUGCAGCUAGCUGUCAACGGAAAUCCAUUUGUGAACCAGGAGUUUUACGACAACAUGAUGUUACUCAGAGGAAUAGGUGCGUUGCAGGACGACCUGAAAAUAACCUAAUUUAUCAUUGAGUAAGAUAGUGGGUUAAUAAUACAAUCUU